UUAUUUUGAGAAAAUUCAUUUUGAACGGUACCUAUGGUUGAAAGUGUGCAAUUUGUGUAACAAAAGAAAAAAUGAGUAAAACAAAAACAUCCAACAGUAUAAAUCCUAAACGAUGUAAAGCUAAUGCUCGUGAACGUAAUCGUAUGCAUGGCCUAAAUCAAGCAUUGGAUCAGCUUCGUGCCUGUAUACCAUUGAAACAUCUUGAAAUGAAUCAAACCGUUUUCAGCCGAAAAAUACAAAAAUUAUCAAAAAUUGAAACAUUACGUUUAGCAAGAAAUUAUUUAAUUCUUUUAACUGAAAUACUACAUAACCAAUCACAGGAUGUUAACCAAUCUUCAAUUGAUAAUUUAACGAUGGGGCAGAUAUUAGCAUAUGGUUUAGGUCGACAAAGUUUAAAUCAUCUAUCCUUACAGAUGAAUUUUUCCAGUGCUCGUAUGUUAAGUCAACCAUCGCCAAAUGUACAGCAAAUAUUUGCCAAAUUUGGUUGUUGUUCACCAAAAUCGGACGAUUAUGCAUGGAUGACAAUGUCUGAUGAAAAUUUUAUUCAAUCUUCAUCAUUAUAAAAUUGUAUGUGAGAAAUCCUAAUCCUCAUUUAUUAUCUUGAAUAGUUGAGAGAAAUUUUUCUGUUUGAUGGAUUCACGGCAGGAAUUAAUGAAUGCC